CAGCUCAAACAAUGACACCACAUUUAUUCAUAACUGCAAUGCAACUACGUCCAAGAAAGAAAAUAAUAAAUCCAAAAACAUCGAACAGUAUACCAUCCACGUCUCUGCCACCGAUCAGUAAGGUAUCCACAGCAACACCAUCAACUGAUUUUGAUAUUACAAAAUUAAAAAUGGAACAACAACAGGAUACAGUCAUCCUCGAUAAAACCAAAGAAAUCAAGCAAGAUCCAACCACAUUGUCGUAUGAGGUAGUCGAUGGUCUUUUAUACAAGAUUGCGUCCAGAAAGGGUGCCAAGAACAUCAAAUUACCAUAUCUACCACAAUCAAUGAUUCUAAACGUCAUGGCUGCUUAUCAUGAUCAUCCAACAAGUGGGCAUUUUGGCAUAAGACGGACAUGGCAUAAAUUAAGAGACCGAUAUUUCUGGCCCAAUAUGAUGUCAACAAUCGAAAAUUAUAUUAAGUCAUGUGAAAAAUGUGCCAAAUUUAACAUCCGAAGAACUAAAGCAUCAGCCAAAGCCAUGCCAAACAACACAGCAGCAACAACAGCACAAUUCAUCGUCGAAGAUGUUAUCUUGAAAUAUGGUGUGCACAGAAAAUUAAUUACAGAUCAAGGAUCACACUAUAAGAACGAAUUGAUGGGCAGCAUUACUCGGCUUUGUGGACGCAAACGCGUCUUUGCAACAACAUACCAUCCCCAAACAAACGGACAGGUUGAACGUUUCAAUGCAACCUUUUACCCGCAAUUGGCAAAAUUACAUGAUGAAAAUGUUAAUGAUUGGGAUGCACACUUAACCGCAUGUGUAUUUGCCUACAACACCGGAGUUCAUGCGACAACUGGGUACUCACCAUUUCAAUUGAUGUUUGCCCGUCACUCCCUAAGUUAA